CGCAAGACGAACGGCACCCGCGUCGUGUCGGUUGGGUACUUCGAGCAAUUAACUGCUAAUCGAGCGAUAAUUACACGCCACCACGCACCGAAACACGGUCGCCAAAAAGGAACGAGCCGCUUGUUCGUUUCGAUCUACUUGUCGACUUAAUGCCACCCAAUGGAUAUCAAUAUCUUGCCAACAGGACGAUACUGGGUGUACUGGGCAUAUCUCCAAACCCAGUCCACCGGUGACGGUCGCACAUAGUGUCGUGAAGUUCGCUUGGGAAGUGUACCUUAGUAACACAUACAUACAAUGCCAUCUUUAUGGAUCGUCUGGAUCAUCUUCCAGGAGUAUGGAUAUUCGCUGAUUGCUUCCAGUAAGCUUUACGCUUCAACGACCGUACCGGAGGAAGUACAUUGCCGUACGGGUGGUGCUAAUCGAACGCUUGCAUCAUCCUUUCCGGUCGACUAUCAACGAUUGCAGCGAACCAAACAACAACACUACAUCGAUUACAAGCUACACUACGGGUUACGGUACAACCCAAGUAAACCAAACGGUCGCAACGGUACACAGGAGCAUCCUUUGCGUGAACGUAAAAAGUUUCUUCCACCCAAGUCACCGUACGAACCGCCAUUGUUGAGCGUGUUUCAUAUCAUUUCGUUCGUGAAUGGGCCGUGCGUGCCAAGGCGGCAAUCGUCAACAGUGGAGGGAAACGUUGGAUUGGACAAUCACACCGUUUGGACCGGUGUCUGCUAUCACGAGCAGGAAUGCAUCCUGCUGAACGGCACACCGAUGGACAGCUGUGCCGGAGGGUUUGGAGUGUGCUGUGUGUUUCGGUACGGUUGCGAUGGUAGAACGGAGCAGAAUGUUAGUUAUUUUCACAGCCCCCAUUACCCACUGACCGCAACCGAUGCAUUACCGUGCGGCUUUACCUUGGUACUGCAGCGAACCGUACAGCAAGUGCUGCUAGAGUUUCUGUUCUUUGAACUCCAACCACCGCAGCUGGGUAACUGCAUCGAGGAUCAGUUUAUCGUGUCGGUGCAGAACGAUCAGCGUGCUUACCCCGUACUGUGUGGCAUCAACACUGGACAGCACAUGUAUCUCGACAUCGAUCGAGCUUACUCGCACCGUUUGUAUCUGAGUGCGGUGUUCAACUCAAAACAGUCGAGAGCUUUCCUAGUGAAGAUAACGCAGCUUGCUACGCCUCGCGCUCCAGCCAGCUGCCUGCAAUUCUAUGAGGGCGUGAGUGGUGUACUGAAAUCGUUCAACUACGAUAACAACUCGAUUCUGGUGACGAACCGCAAGGCAAGCUAUUUCAACAAUCUUAAUUAUGCCAUCUGCAUCCGUAGGCAGCCAUUGUUCUGCAAUGCCGUGCUGACCAAUAUGGACACAACAAACGGGAAGGAGAACACAUUUCAGUUGGUUAACAUAGCGGAUGAUGGGAGCAGUAUUGUCCCACCCAACCAGGCGGGUGUGGAGGUGUUUAGCUGUCCGAAUGAUUUCAUCGCCAUCAAUUUCGUACGGCUGUGCGGUGAGCGUUUGAAUGAUGGAAGUCUUGUGGCAGAUGCCAGCAUCAACAAGCCCGUUACGUAUAGUAGCGCCGGUCCGAUAGUAAUAGCCGUGCAGACCGACCAAACCACGGUUGGUCGCGGAUUUAAGCUUUCAUACACGCAGCUCGUUUGUACAAACAAAAUACGUUAGUUAAUAAAGGCCCCUCGGCUCAAUACACGAA